UUACAUAAGUGGCCUCUCAGUCAGCAGAAUGAGGGCAGCCAAAAUCAAGUCAUGUGACGUCCUUCAGACAGUACACAGAGCGUGUGAUGGAUCUACGGAGAUACCAGUGGAACACAAUAACCUCGUGCUUCCAGGGAGACCUUGUCUACACUGCUGCGAUGACAGACUCCUGUUUGAGUUCGAUCAGAUGUCGUUCUGCCUGGCGGAGCUGCACUUGUGGUCCUUCAGGAACAGCCUGCGUGUCCCAGAUACAGAUAUUGGCACAUACCAACUCUAUGAAAAAGGAGAACCAGCCUUUCCUACAGAUCAGCAUUACUACAAUGAGAAACAGCAGUUUGCAGACAGUCGGGGUUACCCAUGGUUCCUUAGUAACCGUCGUCCAGAGAAGCUGCGUGAUGCCCUAAAGGAACUAGAGGAGCUGCUGCAGUCAUGCCCGGUCAUGAGUGUCAGAUGGAGAAGCAAGCAGUGCUGUCAGAUGCUGUUGAGAUCAGGUGUGUUGGUGACCCUUAUCCUGGGCGGAGCUCAGGUUGAACGAGUGGCCAUUGACAGAACGCUGGUGGGGCGACUACCUGCUGACACCAUCAGCGACGCGGUGAUUGGCGAUCGCUUCCUGCUGUUCUCGCUGAUGGAGAGGAGUCAGGUGUGUCAAGUUUACCUGAACAGGAAGAACCAGAGUUCACCUGAACCAGCACGACACAUGGAGAAACUCACAGCUGCGGAGAUUAAGGUUUCAGUGAUGGAUAUACCUGGCGGGGGACGCCGCAUGGAGCGCCGCAUGGGGCUGAACCGGACGCAGGAUGUGGCCGUGUGCUGGUGGCCGCUCUGUAACGAGGAGGUUAGGCCUUGGUCUCCCAUCCCUAGUGCAGCGGACAGAGUGAACCUGGUGCUGCUCGCCUGCUCGGAUACCCCGGGGCUUACGGUAUUGAGCUCUGUUCGGACUGACGGGAACCCUAUUGACUGCAGAUUCAGUCUGACCCAACCCUACCAUGUCCUGACUGUGGAGCUGCACCAAGAGGCCAAACACUCCACUUCAGGACUGCAUGAGGAGGCCCAGCCUCCUGAUGUCCAAACCUGUGUGUAUGAAUCUGCUCAUGGACGUCUCCAGCGUCUGUCCAGCACUCCUCUAUCCCUCACAUCCAAACCCAUUACCUGUAGUCGUGAUCCGUUGGAGCGCUGGGUUCUACUGGGGCUUCAAGACUGCUCUGUGGUACUUUUCGACCCUCAGACAGGCCUCACCCAGUGGGCCACCUGCUCCAUGGUGCCGACGGUGCUGGCAUGGCAUCCUUCAGGAGCUCUGCUGAUGGUGGGCGGAGGUCAAGGCGAGCUCCAGUGCUUUGAUAUGGGACUCUCGCCUCUCCCUCUGCGUUUAGUGAGUGAAGAACUGGUCCCAGCUCUGCAGGUCCCAGUCCUGCAGCUCUCUCAUCACAUGAAAACCUCAGAGGGGCUAGAAGGGAUCCAAUGGGCCUACUGUCCGAUAUCCCAGGGAAACGAGGGUCUGGAGGCACAUGAUUUACUGCUGCUUCGAUUUCACGAAGGGCCGCUUGCUGCGUUGAAGCUAAGACUGGGUGUGUUUAAUGGUGCUCAGCUAGGCCCAGGCGAUUUAGUACAGCACCGUUUGCGCUGUGAGGAGGUGGAUGCAGCACUGGGAAUUCUGGGUAAUAUGGACUGGGCCAUGAUGGGAGCGGAGUGUUACAGGUCACUCAUCUCCAUCACAGAUCACCUGCUGAGAAAACCACUGGACCAGCAGACUGAAGAUCAGUUGGAGUCAGCGCUGGGGCUGUUUUAUGCUCCCUGCAGACCCCUCUCAAACACUGUCAUACUGGAGUACAGAGACCCCAUCAGCAGAUACGCCCGCCGAUUCUUCCAUCACCUGCUCAGACACCAGCGGUUUGAAAAAGCCUUCUUGCUGGCUGUAGAUAUCGGAGCUAGAGAUCUGUUCAUGGACCUCCAUUACGUGGCAGCAGAUAAGGGUGAGGUGGUGUUAGCCGCUGUAGCCAAGAAGAAGGCUAAUGAAAUAGACGCAGAGGCACAAACAUCGGCACCAGAUGAGUGUCAGUCAGCAUACGGAGAGCAGAGUGGAGUCAAGCUACGAACAACCAGCAGCGACAGACAUGUUCACGACCCCAAACACUGGAGCACUGCAUCAAGGGCUGCAGAAACGUCGACUUCUGAGGCUAUGGAUGACCUCUCUAACACCCUGACAAGUCAUCGCACCUGGCCUUGGAAACACACAGAAAUCAACCUUGUUGAUCGGAACACACAGGUGCCUGAGGAGGGGAAACUGAAAGUUAUUCAUUUUGGUUUAGUCUAAAUCAAUGCUAUUUUUACGAUAGAAAAAUGUUUUUUAACUUAAAAAAAAAAGUUUAACUGAUUAAAUGUGCUUAAACUGUAAAACUACUGUCAAAUAAAACAUAUUUUUGUAUUUUUUUUAAAUUCUUUUUUUUAGCUUGACAGUGUUUUUUUUUUUUUUAAUGAAUUUCUUGUCACAUAAUUUGUCACACUCUAUCUUGGAAAAGGGGUUGUAAGAUCCCGUUUAGCCUUGUUGAGUAAAUAUAUAUAUAUUUUAACCUACAUUUCCACGGUUAUUCCUCUUUCUGUUACAUAUAUUUCCUAACCAUUCUGGCCUGUGCCAGUCACUAUCACAUUAUCAGAAUGGAUGUUUGAGGGUCUGUGCAAACCACUUUUUUUUAUUUUAGUAACACUUCAGUUUCUUUGAGCAUGGUGGCACAGAGGCCACACUAGUAUCCCUGUUCUUGAUCACAGGAUCAGUGGUGCGGCUUGUGGGCUGGGUUUAAUUCUCCACCUGUUUGGUAUAUGAGAUUACACGCAGAAGAAAUGCAGAGGGGAUACGCAGCGCGUGUCUCUAAAGAGGAGGCUGCCGUUUUCCCCCCACAGUCUUCAUACACAGCGGCCGUGUCAGAACUGUCGCCGACCUGCUCUCCGAACUUAAUCUGACAGCACCCAGCCAUCCAUAAUCCCUCACUGUAUCGUAAUCUAUUUACUCUGCAUUCUAAGAGGAUUUUCUUUUUUAAAAAAGUAUAUAUACAAGAUAUAUAAAUAUGAAUUGAUGCUGGAAAUGGAGGAAGGGUCAGGAGAGGAAGCUUUUGUGUUGCCACCUCUGUUUUUAUGUCUGUCUGUUACCUAUUCUUUGCACGUUUUAAGGACAAAUCAGUAGUACUGUUGUAACCUUAUCAUUUUUAAGCAUAUAUUAAAACAUUGUUUUAUAUGUAUUAUCUAUUGCAAUGUAUAUAAUAUGUAUUACACACACAC